AUGUCCAGUGUCACGCAAUGCACUGCCAGUGGUCGUCCUCGGGCUCAGACUAUGGCGUCGGAUUUGACGUCGUGCCAGAAGACGAUCAACGGUGGCAUGAAUGCUGCUCUCUUGGAGUGCGGUUUAAUUUCACACUCGUUCGGAAAAGAAGCUGCUCGUAGGGUGUUUGAAACCAUUCUCAAUAAGCCGUUCAACUCUCUACAUGUCUGCUACGAGGGCUCUCGCAGAUGCUUCUUCCUCCCUCCCAAUGCCCUUGGAUACCCUCACAUGCCCAUAUGCCUCGACUUCUACCACGAUCUGUGUAGGUCGGUGAUCCCUCAGCGCUAUUGGCAGCCCGUCACGGACUCAAAUUGCGGUCGAUAUGUGGUGGGAGCCAAACUCGAGAAGCCUAUAUUUCUCGACCAUCUUGACGGAAGAGGGCUGGGCUUGACCGUCGCUCAAGCCUGUGAGGGAACAGGCACUCAUAUUCGCGGGUGGUACGAGGUAGCAGAGCUCGGGGGAAAGGCUACCACCCAAGUCCGUCUAUGGCUGCACGAUGAACCAUGGCAGCGGCAAAUAGGAAUCAGAGACCAGACGCAGGAAAAGAACCCUAUCACGCUUCGGCAUUUUGUGCGACAUCUUGGUACAUCUAUGAAGGACUAUUUGAAGAAUCAUCCCUUGUACUCAAAAACUGGGCAGCUCAUCGCUGCUGAUGAUCUCCUCAUACUGGGAACUGUCCACAUUUCUGCUGGAAGCUGGCAGUUAAUUCUCGCAAGUCCGAGUCUGAGCAGCGCAGGUUACUGA